ACGGAAGUCGCCCGGUGUUUGUAGCACUUCCGUCUUCUGCACCAUCGGGUACUCAGAAAUGACGGCGACUCUGCGUCCGUACCUGAAUGCAGUGCGUGCUACACUGCAGGCAGCUCUCUGUCUGGAGAACUUCUCCUCACAGGUGGUCGAACGACACAACAAACCUGAGGUCGAAGUCCGGAGCAGCAAGGAGUUGUUACUUCAGCCUGUUGUGAUCAGUAGGAAUGAUAAAGAGAAGGUUCUAAUAGAAGGUUCCAUCAACUCUGUGCGAGUCAGCAUUGCUGUAAAACAGGCUGAUGAGAUUGAAAAGAUCCUGUGCCAUAAGUUCAUGCGCUUUAUGAUGAUGAGAGCUGAGAACUUCUUCAUUCUGAGGAGAAAACCUGUGGAGGGAUAUGACAUCAGUUUCCUCAUUACUAACUUCCACACAGAACAGAUGUACAAGCAUAAGUUAGUGGACUUUGUCAUCCAUUUUAUGGAGGAGAUCGAUAAGGAAAUCAGCGAAAUGAAACUGUCUGUCAAUGCAAGGGCCCGCAUAGUUGCAGAGGAGUUCCUCAAAAAUUUUUAGGAAAUGAACAGCACCCUCUGCUGGCUGCAAUACUCCUGUUACCUUGGUCACCAGAAAAGUGGAUGGAGAGUUUUGGGGCCAGUAAGGAGGAGUUAAAGUGUAACAGUUGGAUCCAGAGGGUGGGCCCUCUAUCACAGGAAUGAAUUUUGAGUAUUGCAGUAAUUUAACUCAAGAGCAGAGUAAUGGAGCAAAGUCCAGAGUAAAGUCGGGCAUGGUACUUCUUUUGCUGUUCUGUUCUAAACCGUUUUAAUUUUUUGUUUGAUUUUUGUUUUUGUUUUGUUUUUUUAUAUUUGUUUUGUUUUUAUUUUCUCCCCUUUUUCUCCCCAAUUUGGAAUGCCCAAUUCCCAAUGCGCUCGUGGUGGUGUAGUGACUCACCUUAAUCCGGGUGGCUGAGGACGAAUCUCAGUUUCCUCCGUGUCUGAGACUGUCAAUCAACGCAUCUUUUCACGUGGCUUGAGCGCGUUACCGUGGAGACAUAGCGCGUGUGGAGGCUUCAUGCUGUUCUCCGCGGCAUCACAACUCACCAUGCGCCCCACCGAGAGCGAACCACAUUAUAGUGACCACGAGGAGGAUACCCCAUGUGACUACCCUCCCUAGCAACUGGGUCAAUUUUGUUGCUUAGGUGACCUGGCUGGAGUCACUCAGCACACCAUGGAUUCAAACUCGCAACUACAGGGGUGGUAGUCAGCAUCAUUACUCACUGAGCUUCCCAGGCUCCUUAAAAAUGUGUUAAUGCCCUUUUGCAAACAACCCAAUUUUCUUUUUAAAGUAUUCUGUUCCUCUGCACUCUAAAGUUCCAUUUAUAAAUUCUGUCCUUCUUGUUAUCUUAUUUUAGAUCCCUCAUUAUCAUUUUUUUUAUAGUAAAGCGCUCACAGCGUUGCAAUAUUCUGAAUAUGCCUCAGCUUUCCCUUGUGCUCAUGAAUAUUUAUAAGUUUGUACAUAUUAAAAAUGCUUAGACUCAUUUUACCUAUGCCUUUCUAACAAACUUUAAAAUCAGGGUGAGUCUAUAUAGAAAAAAGCAAAACAAUCAAUGCUCAUGAGCACAAAGGAAAAAUAUUGUACCAAUAAUUUAAACGGUUUGUUUUGUCAGUGUUUCUUUUACAAAUAUGUAUACUGUGUUCAAAUGACCAUUUUCAUGUUGAGUUUUGAUAUAAAUAAACCCUCACGCUGGUGCACACAGAUCUUACAAACCAUAUCAUUGAUAGGAAAAUAUUGAUGACAAUAGCGAUGCUAAAUAAAUCCCUUUAUUGUUUGUA